GCGAGUCCGAGGACAUACAGAUAUUUACCGGAGGACUUUGGAGGAGCUGAUAAUUGCUGUUUUAUUUUAUUUUUGUGCAAAUCUGCUUAUUAAACUUCACUUUGUUCGGAUGUGGCAGGCAAACUGCAGGCGAAUGCAUCAUUUAGCAGACUGGAUUUCCGGCGCAGUGAUGGGAGGCUGUGUGGGGAGGAGCAGGACAGAUGGACCAGGCAGGACCAGAACCUCGGCCAGGAGCAAAAAACGUGGAGGACGCAAUGAGCCCCUCAAGAAGGAACGUCCAAAAUGGAAGAGCGAGUACCCGAUGACAGAGGGCCAACUCAGGAGUAAGAGGGAUGAGUUUUGGGACACGGCUCCAGCUUUUGAUGGACGGAAGGAGAUCUGGGAUGCCCUCAGAGCUGCAGCUCUGGCUGCAGAGUGCAAUGACCUGGAGCUAGCACAGGCGAUAGUGGAUGGUGCCUGCAUCACUCUGCCACAUGGCUCUCUCACAGAGAGUUAUGAUGAACUGGGCAAUCGCUACCAGCUCCCACCCUACGCGUUAGCUCCGCCCAUCAACCUCAUCAGUGAAACGAGCAGCGAGAGCCAAAUCGCUGAACAGACACACAAACAAACUCAGCCUCCUCCUUCCAGACAGGAGUUCCAGUUGCGGGUGCGACUGUCAACAGGAAAAGACAUGCAUCUGACAGCCAGCAUGGCAGACUCCAUCUCUGAGCUGAAGAAGCAGUUGGAGGAACGGGAAGAUAUUGACGUUUCCCGGCAGAGGUGGUUCUUUUCAGGAAAACUCCUCACCGAUAAGACUCGUCUACAAGACACCAAGAUGCAGAAGGACUUUGUCCUCCAAGUGAUUGUCAAUCUGAACCCUCCAGUCACUGUUAAUUAAUUACUGAGGCACAGGAAGGGAAGGAAACACGGAGGGCGCCAAAGAGGAGCAGGAGUUGGAUUUGGGUUUGAAAUCAUUUUCCAACUGCAGUGAAAUUUUCUCUGCAUUUUUAUAUGAAGCAAUCGUUUGCUUUUAUAUUGCUCCCUUUUGUAUUUUUUCCUUUUUCUCCCAAAUGUAAUAAAUUGUUGCACUUUAGGUUA